GUAGGCCUAGCUAAAAAUCUCCUCUAACACGCAUGCGCAGUGAAGCAGUGAGAAAAUGGCAGACGUCUCUUUGGAUGAAGUUAUACGACAGCGCGGUAUUAACCUCAAGGCACCAGCGAAACGACCAAUGUUUGGAAGAGGUGCAGGAACAGUUGGCAAGAGCUUUGAUGCUCGCCAGAAGAUCGGGGCUAAUGAUGUCCGACAGCGGCUUGGACCAGGAGCAGGAUUUCAAGUGAAAGAUGCCAGGGAGAAGUUGGUUCAGAAGGAUGCUCGCUUUAAAAUACGUGGCAGGGGAGGAGCAGCAGGCGGAGGUGGAGGAGGAGGAGGGAUGCAGGAUGCUCGUCAGAUGAUCAACUCGCGCAAACAGGGGCCAAAUCCGUUCGGCGUCCCCGCACAGACAAUGCCAAAGAUGGCAGUGACACAACAUCUGCAGGGCCAGAUAUUUGUGCCACAGAUUCAGAUACAGACCAACAAUAGUCUCGCCGCUAUGAACUCGAGGCAGUUUAACCCGACUGCCCAAGGACUUAGUUUGAGGGGCAGCGCGUCGCCACAGAUGGGCAAUACUAAGAGAGUGAUGGAUGCUCGAGAUAGACUGAGCCUCAAGAGGAGCAUUGGAGGGACACCAUCACAGGCAGCUGCUUCACAUCCCUUAAAAAUCACCAAGACCAUCCAGCAACGUCCGAUGGGAGUAGGGUUGACAAGUGGAAUACGUUCAAAUUCACAGCCUCUCUCAAAUGAGCACGAUGGCCCCCACAAUAAACAAAUCAAGAUCACUGCAGCUAAUGCUAUGCUCCAGUCACGGCCCGGCACAAUGGGCUCCACCUUCUCCAUGUCAGGUCCGAUCACCAAGGUGGUUAAAAAUGAUUCGUACACGGCCCCCUCCCGCCCUCCUGUCCCCGUGGCCCCCACCCGACCAAACCCCAACAUGUCUGCCGGGCGGCCCUCAGCUGCAGCCUUACAGCCCGUCUCCAGGACCCUGCAGCAGAGCCCGGCAGAAACCAGCACCCCCGCUCCCGCCCCCCCACAGUCUGCUUGCAGUCCCCUGGAAGGGACCAAAAUCACGGUGAACAACCUGCACCCCCGCGUCACCGAGGAAGACAUAGUUGAACUGUUCUGUGUGUGUGGGGCUCUGAAGCGAGCGCGGCUGGUGAAGGUGGGCGUGGCUGAGGUCGUGUUUGUGCGUAAAGAUGACGCCGUCAGCGCAUACAGGAAGUACAACAACCGCUGUCUGGAUGGUCAACCCAUGAAGUGUAACCUCCAUAUUCAGGGGAAUGUCAUCACUUCUGAUCAGCCCAUUCUAUUGAGGCUCAGUGACACCCCGGGUGCCGGCAACAGCAGCAGCGGCACGAAGAAAGACGGUCUCCCUCCCUCCCUCAUGUCUCGCACCGCCGGGCAGCGAGCCUCCUCUCAGCCGACCCCCGAGGUGGAUCCUCAGACGAUCCUCAAAGCUCUGUUCAAGUCCACCGCUCAGUCCAGCUCCUCCAGCGAAGCCCCCAGCGCACAGGCCACCGCCUUCCGCAUCAAGAUAUAGAUCCAGUGUCUGCUCAUUAACAUGUUACUGCUUUCUCAGUGUUCUCACACACGCCCACAUCACGUGAAACCGAUUUUUACACAUUUGAUAAUUAUGACUUCUCCAGACGGCACCAGACGCUUCUUCCUGAUUAGAGGAAAGUAUCAUGUGAUUUGUUGUUGAACCCAAUGUGGUGGGGGGGCCAAACUAAACUGGAUAUUUUUUUAUUUUUGUCAAUGCAAUACCAGCCCAUUUUGAUAUGUUGAGGUUUGUUUUAAUACACCAGUUUUAUCAGCCCCCUUUCCAAGAGGAAGGCUGUGGCAAAAAGACCUAGAAAGCCAAUUGACAUACAUUAAGAAUCACUGAGUUAUUUAGGAUUACAUUUUGUGGUGCAAUCAGGUUUGUCCGUACUUUUUUUUUCAGAUUUUCGAAAUGAAACAACAAUAAUGAAACACAGACGGUCAAAAAACAGUCCAAUCAUGUUUUUAAUUUUUUUAAAUUUACCGUCUUUGUAGCAUUGAGAUUUCUGUGUGCUGCGUUUGUAACUGGUUUUACUUGGUUGUCCCGUAAAGGAAGCAGUAUACUUUUGAUUCUUCCUAGUAAUCAUAACACUUGAUUUAUGUUCAAAGAUUGUAAAUUACUUUCUGUUGCUUUCUUGGUAUGUCAGUCAAGAGACUGGAGCGAUGAGAUCUGUCUGUGAAAUGUGGCCAUUAAAUAUUUAGCUUUCUA